AAACUAACAAAUUAGACGAUGAAGAAUUGGCUUGUUUAUUUAAGUAUCUCACCAAAGAUACAACUAAUUUGGCUAAUAUAGAGAAAUGUCUUGUGUCAUGCCUAAACAAUAAUACCAGUCUUUUAUACCUAAGGGAGUUAUCAAAGGAGUCUAGUUCUGGGGCUGGUGACAAUGUAUUUAUUAACAACCAUGAUCCUUCCGCUCAAGGAUCAAGUGAAGUUGAUGUAACCCAACCAUUUUGUAAGAAUGUUGUGAGUGAAAUCAAUGAAAUCUUAAAUGGGAUGCGAUUAAGUAAUUUACUUGUAUUGGGAGACGGUGGUGGUCAAGUGAGAGAUAAUUUUUUCCCUGAUAUCAUAAUUGGCCGUUCCGAUUUCUACAGAGAAUUGACAGAAAACCCACCUGAUUUAUUAAAGGGUUUAGGUUGGGAAGUCAAGAAUGAUUUAAGUAAUAGUUCAAAAGUAACUGAAGGGAAAGGUCAACUAAUAAAAUAUGCCAGGGCAUACCUUACAGCGAAUCCAUCCCUAACAAACGUUUUCUAUAGAUGUUUAAUGGAUGGAAAGCUUUGGUUAUUUGUGAAAAUCCAAUUUGUAUUAGAUAAUCCUAAUAACCCAAUA